UAUUUAGUUGUGUGGAUGUGUCAGUGUUGUAUUAGAGAAAGCACUGAAGCAACGUCACUUGGUCAACAUGGCCAAUAGAAAGACCUUGGCCAUACUAUUCACCUUGUGCACUUUUGGAAUAUCCAGUAUUUUAGCUGUUUCAAAAAAUAUUCCGAAAUGGAAAAAGCAAGCUUGUGAAGCACCAGCUACACAGAAUGAAUCAAGUCAUUACACAUGUGAUGACAAUGGUGACAUGAAAUGUUUACCAGGCUGGAUAGGAGAUCUUUGUGAUGUACCGAUUUGUAAGAAAGGUUGUGAUCCGAUUCAAGGAUUUUGCAAACGACCUAAUGAGUGUCGUUGUAAGCUAGGAUUUUACGGUGACACGUGUAAUACAUGCAUACCAUUACCUGGAUGUCAACACGGGUAUUGUAACAACAGUUUUGAGUGCAAGUGUGAAGAGGGAUGGGACGGAAUAUUUUGUUCUGAACCGGUAUGUCAUGAGAAUUGUCAUCCAAGUAAAGGAUACUGUAAUUGGCCUGGUGAAUGCAGAUGUCGAUUAGGUUGGACUGGUGAUUUAUGUAAAGAAUGUCAACCAUUACCAGGAUGUCAACAUGGUACGUGUAACAAGCCUUUAGAAUGUAAAUGCGAAAAAGGUUGGCAAGGAAUCUUGUGUCAGAUACCUGUUUGCGCAGAAGGAUGUCAUCGUGAUAGGGGUUAUUGUAGGAAGCCUGGUGAAUGCAGAUGUAAAGUAGGCUGGUGGGGUAAAAACUGUACUCAGUGUUACCCAUAUCCAGGAUGCGUGCAUGGAACUUGUAAUCGACCAUGGGAAUGUAAUUGUAAACCUGGAUGGGGUGGAAUAUUGUGCGAUCAAGAGCUAAAGUAUUGUGAAAAAAAUAAUGUAGUAUGCCAAAAUAAUGGUACUUGUGUAAGUCUUCCCGAAGAAGAUGGCAACUAUAGGUGUAUUUGUACAGACGAAUUCAUGGGACGCAAUUGCGAAGUAGAUAAGAAAAAGGUGGAAAUCAUUGGAUUAAUGCCGCCAAAACCUAGUCUUUCAUUAAUGACCAAAGCGACUACAUUAUCACCUGUAUCGACGACUGAAGAACUUAUUGAAGGUGAAGACGAAUAUGAAGAAGAAAGUAGUUCUACAAAUAUUAAUUCCACCAUAACUUCAACGACAAAUGAAAAUGAGGCCUUUAAUGAAACAAUUUGAGUUUAAUGAGUCAAUUAUUAAUUUAUUAUACUUAUUUAUUUAUAUUUAAUAACUUAUAUUUUGUACUGAUGAUUUAUAAUAAAACAAUGUUAUCAUUA